AAUUUCGCCACCAGUCAGUCAGGUUUCAGCCAACGUCGCGAGUAGAUCACUGUUGUUGUUUUCCGCCGUAGCCCCGUGAACGAGUCGUGUGUGAGCGUUGUGUGGAAUAAAACAAAGAGGCAACGAUGACCGGUUUUCUGAAGCUGACAUGCCUGUUACUGGCAGCCACAAUUCCCAACAUUCCAGCCGCCCUAGGCCAGUACCAGGAGGACACGGAAGUCGAAAGAAACCCAAACUCGACCUAUCUACCCUGUUGGAGUUGUGUUUCGAAGUACAAAACCUGGACCGAUUGUCAAAAUAGCAACGAGAAGGAAGAUUGCGAGUUGAUGCAAGGCGAAUCGGAGGAAUCGCUGGCUUGCAUGAAAAGCACGGUCAACAUCCGGAUUAGAGAUGGAGAUUCGUACUUCUAUCGGAUUGCCGGGUGUGCUAUGAAUGAAAGUGCACUGCAGCAGGCCUAUAUGGACCAGUUCGAGGUUACCUUUAACCAGACGGGCGAAACUAAUGUCACGCUGGUAGAGUACAGCACCUGCCUGGGAUCGCUGUGCAACGUGAUGGACGAGGUGGCUCUGCAGCGGGGACCGGUUCGGGUGGUGAAGUUGAACGUGAUUGAUGUGAAUAGUGGCGUUUUGGGGAGUGUACCGCUGAUCGGGCUGAUCGUGGCGGUUUUUGGCAUUUUGCUAGUUAUGUAACGGUUUUGCGUCGAACGUGUAUUAGUGUAAAUAUUUUAGCUUGCCAUUAGUGAUUGAGUUUUUCGAGAUUCUUAGGUUGAAGGUUACUCGUAUUUAGACGGUCUGUAUUCAAAGCGCUCAAUUAAAUUCUCGUCAACCUAAAAAAAAUGAUUUCUA